CCCAGAGAAGAGACCCCGCCUGCCACCAGCGUCCUACUGCGGCAACAACACCACAGUCCUGCCAGUGCUUUCCGGACCUCUCCAUCCAGAGAUUCAGCAGGAGAUGGCGGGCCAGGGAAUUGGGGUUCUGGAGCUGGCCGUGCACCCACCGCCUGGGCAAGAGCAGGAUGUGCGCCUCGUCCCGGCGUCCAGCGUCCCCGGAGCUGGGGCACACGGGUCUUCCGACCCCACAGCCAGCCCCGGGACCACACUGCCUGCCCCAGAAAACACUGGAGAGGCCCCCACGUCCAGCGUCCUGAACCCGGAGGGCUGUAUGCAAGGAUGGGGGACUCAGGUGGGGACCGGAGGGAAGGCCCAGGAAGUGACGACUGAGGAGGCCACCGUAGCCGCGGAGAAGCCUGUGGAGGUGGGGGAAAAGCUGGAGUGCGUUGCUGAGGCCCAGGCGAGCUUGGGGAUUCUGGACCUAGGGGCCCUUAUCGUAGACCCGCUGGAGGCCAUCCAAUGGGAGUUGGAGGUCAUGAGUGCCCAGGCUGACGGGGCCGGGGCCUACCUUCCGCUGGAGCGCAGGUUUGGGAGGAUGCGCCGUUUGCAUCUAGCCCGCCGGAGCUUCAUCAUCCAAAACAUUCCAGGCUUUUGGAUCACUGCUUUUCUGAACCACCCACAGCUUUCAACCAUGAUCAGCCCUAGGGAUGAAGACAUGCUUGGCUAUCUGAUAAAUUUGGAGGUGAGGGAGCUCAGACACACCAGAACAGGUUGCAAGUUCAAGUUCCUGUUUGGGAGCAACCCCUACUUCCAAAAUGAGACGAUAGUGAAGGAGUAUGAGUGUAGACCUUCAGGCCGGGUGGUGUCCAAGGCUACUCGCAUCCGCUGGCACCGAGGCCAGGAACCCCCGGCCUUAGUGCACAGGAACCGCGACACCAUGCGAAGCUUCUUCAGCUGGUUUUCACAGCAUAGCCUUGUAGAAACUGACAGGGUGGCCCAGAUCAUUAAAGAUGACCUGUGGCCCAACCCUUUGCAGUACUACUUACUGGGGCAAAGGCCCUGCAGAGCUAGACCAGGCUUUGCAAGGUGGUCACCAGAGGCUCUGCAUAGGCCCUAUGGGUUCCAGUCUGGCUAAGUCCUGCUCCAGUACAUGGCGCCUACGUAGGACUACUCCUCUGCCGGUGAACCUACCUAUGUCCAUGCCAGAGCGCUGCUGUUUGCUUCCUCUCCUGUGAAUUCUGGCUCUUCAACGUGUUUGGUGGACUCAGGGCCAAGGUUGUGACAUUGUGUGAUCUCAUAUGCCACUGCACUUAUAGUGGGCACCCAACUCUAUGGACUUGUACUACCAUCCGGUUGUGUGGCCUGGAUCCACCUGUAAAACAUGGCCUUUCUACUCACGUGACACCAUUACCUACAGGGCUUCACUGUUUGAGGCCUAGUGCUUCAAAGCUACAGUAUGCUGGGCUUCACAGCUGUGCCGACGGUCCCAAGCUGAAGCUCAUCACCUAAGAGGAAGCACAUGUGGUCCUGGCAGUCAACCAGACUUGGAUAGCCCAUGGCUCCAGGACCACAGAGCAGUUCCUAUCCUCUGGAUUGUUGGGCAUCUGCAACCUGGGCAGCCAGAUGAUCAGACAUGGCUGAGGCCCAGGGCCUGAAGCAAUGGCCGGCACAUCGUCGUGAUCAGUACUGUUCUUCAUAUCCUACGUGUGUCCCUCUCAUAGACAGCUGUUGGCUUGUGAAAACCCACGCUGUGCCCCACCCAUGCCCGGCCAUAGCCUUUCUGAGGAGCUUUGCCUAUCCCACCAUCAUCCCUGCUGCUCGCUCUCAGGUCCCUAAGGGCCCCUUGUUAAUAUAGCGAGAGCUCCUAAUUCCAGAGACUGCACCGGGCUGGCAUAGCUGGGCAUAUCUGGGCAUGUGCUCAAGGUAGGAGCCUUCCUACCUGAAGCCUCACUUCUAGACCUACACAGAAGUCAGACCCUUUGUCAGUUUCUCCUUCACCUACCUGUUUUUAAGCUGCUAGGUUGUAGGUGCUGGAGAGGGGCUUUCUGGCCCUGUGGCUUUUUACACUGGCAUGGGUCUCACAUGGUUUUAAUAGGCCAUCUCUGAAAUGAAUAACUGAAGAAGAAUUGUCCACAUAGCUAAGGAGACACUUUGUUGAAUCCGCCUGUCUCCAGAGAGGGGGCCCUGUCUUAUGAAUUACCAGUGCUCUCUGCCCUCUUGCCCUUGCAAAACUUAGAACAGUCACAGUACAGUGCAGGGCUGGGGCAGGACAGCUAAUCACUUCAUUUUACACUGCGUUCUUUUAAAGAAACUUUGGUGUCUCUUCCUUCUUUGCCUCCCCCACCCCUUGUGGGUUUAUAGAUAAAAGAGGCUAAACUGCCCUGCCCCCCAGGUUGUCUCUGUCUCACGAAAGGCCUUCCUUUCUGCUCCCUAGGACUUGGAGACAGAAAAUAAUGGGGAUAGAGAACCCUCAGUCUUUGCUAGCUUGCACCCUGCCUGCCUGCCUUCCUUUCUUCCUUUUUUUCCUUUCUCUCCUUUGAUUCACCAAUAUAUUUUGUAAAUUAGAAGAGAAACAUAAUACUGUCACUUUUUGGGUGUUUUCUGGUCCAGUUAUGAGCUUGUAUGGGCAGAAAGUUAAUGUGUUCUUCAUUUUGCACCUUUUGAGUAAGACCCAUGCACCUCCUCUGCUUUUACUGGACGACUAAGCUGUACAGGCCUGCUUGUGUUUCGUUGAGGACGCCUCUGUAACUGCUCUGUGCCACUUGGACAUUUGUGACUAUUCACGGUUGUUAUCGAGUUGUGGCUUGGUGCCGUAGAGUUUGAAUCUGGUAAUUGUGUAGAACUUAAUGCUGGGCAUUGUUGCUGUGUUCUGUGAGAAUAACCCCAGAAGGAACCUGGAACCCAGCAUCUUCUGAGCCCUGCAGACCAUAUUGUAACAAACAUUUUUGUUUCCAGAUGGAGAAAUGUUCCUAGGUUACUUUGUGUAGUCAGAAGAGGGUUUGUGGCACUUUAUCUGCAAUGUGAUGAUAAAGAAUAAAAACUUUUUGAUCUGGGGAAAU